CUCUGGCCUCGGGGGGUUUCCUUCCUGCACGGGGGGAGCUGCAGCCUGGGCGCGGCUGAAGUUUUUUUGUGUGAAGCGGCGGUUGGGCGGCGGGUGGGGUGAGAGAAUAAGAUCAAGCAAGAUUUAAAUGGACUUCUGAAGUAACAAAAGGAGGAAGAAUGGAGACAGAGACUGUGUUAAGUCUUAGACAACAACUCAAGGAAGCAGAGAAUGAGCGAAGGAAGGCAGCGCAAUAUGGCUUACAUUUAUUGGAGUCUCAAAGUGAAGUUCAAAAUCAGUUGGAUCAAACACGUCGUGAAUUGACGGACAAAACCGAGAAAUUUGAACAAGAGAAAUACUCUCUUCAAAGAGAAAUUGAACUUAAGAAUAGAAUGUUGGAAAGCUUGAGUUUUGAAUGUGAUGCACUUAAGCAACAGCAGAAUAUGCAACUGGAGAAACAGAAAGAACAACUUUCCAGAGUUCAUGGACAAGAAAUCAGUGACCUUAAAAACAAGUUGGAGAACCUGAAAGCAGAACUAGAUGAAACCCGACUCUCAGAAAAACAAUUGAGACACAAAGUCGAUCAUCAGAAAGAAAUAAUUGCUGCUAAAUCAGAAGAGCUACACAUGAUGUCUGAACGUGUACAUGAAACCAUGUCUUCAGAAAUGCUCAAUCUUCAGAUGGAGCUCACUGAACUAGAGAGUGUGAAGGCCAAUGUUGAAGAAAAGCUGAAUGAACUGCAGUACAGUAAAGAACAAUUAGAACUUAUAAACAGCAACUUACGUAAUCAGCUGGAGCGUCUACAGGGAGAGAAAGAAGAGAGGGAAAAAGAAGUUGUUUCUUACUGUAACGCAUUAGAGAAAGCUCGUGAAGCUAAUCGAGAGCUUCAGGUUCAGCUGGAUCAUGCAGUGCAGCAAUCUUUGGACCCUACAAGUAAAGGCAAUUCCCUCUUUGCUGAGGUGGAGGACCGUAGGGCAGAAAUGGAACGACAGCUGAUCAGUGUGAAAAUAAAAUAUCAGUCACUACAAAAACAGCAUUCAUUCGCUAGAGAACAGUUGCAAAGAAUGAAGUUGCAAAUGGCUACGCUGCUACAGAUGAAAGGCUCUCAGGCAGAAUUUGAGCAGCUGGAACGUUUACAGUCAAUGUUGGAGCAAAAGAAUGGUGAAAUAGAAGAUCUUCUUAUGAAAGUGAGACAAUUAGAAAAAUCUAAGACUUUAUAUGAGAAUGUGGAAGAAUGCAGAGCUAGUACUAGCUCAAAAGGAGAGUCUGAAGAUGGUUACUAUGCAGAUUUGCUGCAAAUGAAACUUGACAACUUGAACAAGGAAACUGAAACCUUGAAAAAUGAACUAUCCUUGCAGAGGAUGAAAGCUUUGUAUGAGAGCCAAAGGGUUCUAGAAGUUGAAAGGAAGCUCUUCACAAAUGAGAGACAUUUGCAAGCUUGUCAGAGUGAGAAUAUGAAUUUGCGAGUUAUGCUGGAUGAGUUAAAAAUGAAAUAUGAACCUGAAGAGUUACUUAAAGUCACUAAAAUUAAAAAGAAGAAGGAGAAGAUUCCAGUGGACACUACCUGUGAAUAUCUGGACAGCAAAAAUACUUCAGUAAAAGAAGCUGCUCUCACUCAUUUGCCAAGUAAGGAAGAAACUAAGGUCACUUGCAAGAACUUGGAGCAAAGUGACUCUUCUCCCAAAAAACAAGUUUUUGAAGCACCACCAAUAAAUACAGCUCUUCAAAUGAUGCACAAAGUAGUUGAACCUGAAAGAGAAAGAAAGAGAGUUAAAACUAAAGAUGAGAGUCAUGACAGCUAUACUUCAUAUAGCAGAAGUGGAAAUAAUUCUUUGACUUCGACUGCCCCCAGGUCAGUGUCAACUUCUGUGUAUGGUCAAGGCAAUCAGCACAGACCUGCAUCUCUUUUCUUUCGCUGCAUGAACUAUGCUAUCCACUUCUUUAUCUGUUUCCUCAGUGUUGCAUGCAGAGUAAUUCCUCAGCUCCGGCUGCCUGCGUUCAACCUCUUAAAGCCUUUUAGAAAGACUAAAAUGAUGGCUCAUGGAAAAGACUCUUGAAACUCUAACUACCUUUGAAAUAACUUCCCCAUUUCAUGAAAAAGUUUAAGGUGUGCAGAUACUGUGACAGCUCACUCAGUUUGCUCUUCCUUCAGAAACGGGGCUGUUCCUUGGUCCUUCAAAGCUGCUAUAUAGUUGGAUUACAUUAAGGUAACAGUCAGUAGGUAUCAUGCUUCAGUCUCUGAAAUUUGAGGACAGCUGGAAUGAGGAAUAAUGUGGCUAAAAGCCUAAGAAUUACUGAAUAUUUUAGUAAUUAUUAAUCCCAUUUGGGUUAACGUAACUUGCAGUAUACAAAACCAUGUUUAAUCAUGCUAUGAAUUCACAUCGGCAGGCCACUGACUUUACUAACCUGGAUGCAUGAUAACUUGAAAUAUAGCUGUUAAAAUUCAGAUCAAUCUUUCCCUGAGGAAAAAACCUGAGAACUUUAGUUACUUUUUGUUAGAUAGUAAAGUAACUUGGCACAGUAAUUACAACUUUUUUGUUCACCUUGGUAAAAGGAAUGUUGUUUUCCCCCCACCAACCCCAAGGCAGUGCUUUUGUCUGCUGUUCAUAUUCAUAAUUACAAUAAACAUAGUAUUUUGGGGAUAGCUUAAAUGAUACAAGCUUAUAUAUUUAUGAUAUUUGCUAGUAAAAAUAAUACUUCUUCCUAGCUUCCCAUCACCCACCCCCUUUCCUCUGAGAUUCUGUGAGUAUCUCUGAUAGUUCGAAUUAUGUGAUCAAAUAACUUUCGAAGAGAAAGCAAUAGAACGUUUGGCAGAAAUGCAAUGAAGUUGAGGGGAUUUUUUUUCCAUAUUGUGAAGCCUCCCACAUCUGUAUCAUCCCACAUGGAAGCCAUUUUCUAUGGCUUUUCAUGUAGUGAUAUAAGGCUGGAGAGAAAAGAAUAGCUUGGGAAUCUGAAGUGACUUAAAGCCUAAACCCUUCCUGUCCAGAAAGUUGUAUUUCAUCUGUCCCCCUACAAUCAAGCUUCCAUAUUUUCCCCCCACCCCCAGUACACACACCACUUUAAUUUGCUGUUGCCUACAGGGCUGCUUGCUACGUUCUCCGCAGCAGUAGCUUUAUAUUCAACAGAUUUUAUGAAUCAUCCAAUGAGGAAAGGGUGUGCUAAAAUAAUGCAAACUUGAAUUUAGUUAAUUGAGUAUACGGAACUUCUUAUGUGUGACUUGUAACGGGAUGAGCUGCAGAUUCGUGAUGGUAUCAACAAGGAACUGUUCACUGACGUUUAAAAUUAGCAGUGUAACCUGAAUUGGGAUUUAAAUGCUUUGAUUGAGGGGAAAUGCUCUAUCUUGUUAUCCAACAUCCCAGAGGGCAUAUGUGUUUCCAACCAAGUCUCAGCCUGUUCUGGAAUAAAAGUGAAGAAAGCUUAAAGAUAC